GCUACACCCGAUAUAUACAUAAUCAUGAUUAUAAACCCUCCUACUUACUAGUCUUCGUCCAAAAAUACUGCUUGCAGAGGCGAAGGGAAAUACGCAAUCCACCUCUCACAGUCUUGGACUACUCUGCAAAUGGAAACCCUAGCCUUCUCAAACGCCAUUGCCUUAAAGGCCAACUUCAAGACUCUCCGCCCCGUUAGAUGUUCCGUCGCACCUCCUUCCUUCGUAGACCACUCUGCCAAGUUCAAGGAAGCUGCUAAGCAUGGGAAUUUGGUCCCACUGUUCAGACCAAUUUUUUCUGAUCAUUUGACUCCGGUACUUGCAUACCGGUGCUUGGUGAAGGAAGAUGAGCGGGAUGCACCCAGCUUUCUCUUCGAGUCUGUUGAGCCUGGUCUAAAAGCAUCUAGUGUCGGGCGAUAUAGUGUUAUUGGAGCUCAGCCAACAAUGGAAAUUGUGGCAAAGGAGAAUGUGGUUACCAUAGUUGAUCACCAUGAGGGACAAAGAACGGAGGAGUUUGUGGAGGAUCCCAUGGUUAUUCCUCGGAGGAUUAUGGAGAAGUGGAAACCCCAACGCAUUGAUGAGCUCCCAGAAGCAUUUUGUGGUGGUUGGGUUGGUUACUUUUCAUAUGAUACAGUGCGUUAUGUAGAAAAGAAAAAGCUUCCUUUCUCAAAAGCUCCCGAGGAUGACAGAAACCUCCCUGAUGUUCAUCUGGGUCUUUAUGAUGAUGUCAUAGUGUUUGAUCAUGUGGAAAAGAAAGCAUAUGUGAUACACUGGGUCAGAUUGGACCAGUUUUCUUCUGUCGAGGAGGCUUAUGAUGAUGGCAUGAACAGAUUAGAAGCUUUAGUGUCGAGAGUGCAUGAUAUAGUGCCUCCGAAGCUGGCUGCGGGUUCAAUAAAAUUGUACACAAGCCUUUUUGGUCCAUCUUUGAGCAAGUCCACAAUGACAAGUGAAGAAUACCGGAAGGCAGUGAUGCAAGCCAAGGAGCAUAUCCUGGCAGGAGAUAUCUUCCAGAUUGUGCUCAGCCAGCGAUUUGAACGUCGAACUUUUGCUGAUCCCUUUGAAGUGUAUAGAGCAUUAAGAAUUGUUAAUCCAAGUCCAUAUAUGACUUAUUUACAGGCAAGGGGCUGUAUCCUGGUUGCGUCAAGUCCUGAAAUCCUGACUCGAGUUAAGAAGGGUAAGGUCAUUAAUCGACCUCUGGCUGGAACUGUCCGUAGAGGCAAAACGCCCAAAGAAGAUUACAUGCUGGAAAAUCAGCUGCUGCAUGAUGAAAAACAGUGUGCAGAACACAUUAUGCUUGUUGACUUGGGAAGAAAUGAUGUUGGAAAGGUGUCUAAAUCUGGUUCUGUGAAGGUUGAGAAACUCAAGAACAUCGAGCGCUAUUCCCAUGUCAUGCACAUUAGUUCCACUGUUACUGGUGAGUUAUCAUCUAAUUUGACCAGCUGGGAUGCUCUGCGUGCAGCGUUGCCUGUUGGAACAGUUAGUGGAGCCCCAAAGGUGAAAGCCAUGGAAUUGAUUGAUCAUCUAGAAGUUACAAGACGCGGGCCAUAUAGUGGUGGAUUUGGUGGCAUUUCUUUCUCAGGAGAUAUGGAUAUUGCUUUAGCUCUGAGAACAAUUGUAUUCCCAACGAGCACGCGUUACGAUACUAUGUAUUCGUACAAGGACAGUGGGAAGCGCCGGGAUUGGGUCGCCCAUCUCCAAGCCGGGGCUGGCAUAGUGGCUGACAGUGAUCCUGCUGAUGAGCAGAGAGAGUGCGAAAACAAGGCCGCUGCUCUUGCUCGUGCCAUUGAUCUUGCAGAGUCAUCAUUUGUCGAGAAAUAACAUCGUAUCAGCUUUCCCCUGUGAACUUUCUGCCGUCUCCCUACAUUCCCAUUGGAAAUUUUGCUGCCACAGAAGGAGUGUUGGAGAAAACUUAAGUCUAGCAGUCUUUAAUGGUGGGAAAAAUCAAGCUGUGUCUGUUUGGUAUGCAACAUUGGAGGAUUUUGUUUGCUGGAGAAACAGUUUGUUACUGAAAUUCAUUACCGCGUUGUAUAGGAUAAAGACUGAUUUAUUGUUCACCCUGCAGAUUUACAAUAUUAUAGCUUCUUAGCAUA